AUGGGCCCGGGCCCGAGGCGCGUCCGGCCCCGCGGCGGCCCCGCGGCGGCGUCCGGUUCGUCGUCCGGCUCGUCGUCCGGCUCGUCGUCGUCGGCCAGCCCGGCCCUGCUGCUGCUGCAGCUGCUGCUGCCGGCGUCGGGCUGGGCCCGGGGCCUGUCCCGGGGGUCCCCCGGGGGGCCGCCGCUCUCCAUCCUGGGCCUCAUGCCCCUCACCAAGGAUGCGGCCAAGGGCAGCGUGGGGCGCGGCGUCCUGCCGGCCGUGGAGCUGGCCCUCGAGCAGAUCCGAGACCAGUCCUUGCUGCACCCCUACUCCCUCGACCUCAGGCUCUACGACACCGAGUGCGACAAUGCAAAAGGCCUGAAAGCCUUCUACGACGCAAUAAAAUACGGACCUAAUCACCUGCUGGUCUUCGGAGGAGUUUGCCCCUCAGUCACAUCCAUCAUAGCCGAAUCUCUCAAAGGAUGGAAUCUGGUGCAGCUUUCAUUUGCAGCCACUACCCCGGUGCUAGCCGAUAAGAAAAAAUAUCCUUAUUUCUUUCGGACUGUACCGUCAGACAAUGCGGUGAAUCCUGCGAUUUUGAAGUUACUAAAAUAUUAUCAGUGGAAGAGAGUGGGAACGCUGACACAGGAUGUACAAAGGUUCUCUGAGGUGAGAAAUGACCUGACCGGGGUCCUGUACGGUGAAGAUAUAGAGAUUUCGGACACCGAAAGUUUCUCCAACGAUCCGUGUACCAGUGUCAAAAAGCUGAAGGGCAAUGAUGUCCGAAUAAUUCUUGGCCAAUUUGACCAGAAUAUGGCGGCUAAAGUAUUCUGCUGUGCGUACGAGGAGAACAUGUACGGCAGCAAGUAUCAGUGGAUCAUCCCGGGCUGGUACGAGUCUUCCUGGUGGGAGAUGGUCUAUUCUGAUGUCAACUCAUCCCACUGCCUCAGCAAAAACCUCUUGACCGCCAUGGAGGGCUACAUCGGCGUGGAUUUUGAGCCACUCAGUUCGAAAGAGAAUAAGACCAUUUCAGGAAAGACUCCCCAGCAGUACGAGAAGGAAUACAACGACAAGCGUUCGGACGUCGGGCCCAGUAAAUUCCAUGGUUACGCCUACGAUGGCAUCUGGGUGAUCGCAGAAACGCUCAAGAGAGCCAUGGAAAAUCUCCGCUCUAACAACAGGCACCAGAGAAUUCAGGAUUUCAACUAUUCCGACCACAAACUGGGCAAGAUUUUUCUGGACGCCAUGAACGAAACGAACUUCUUUGGUGUCACAGGUCAAGUUGUGUUCAGGAAUGGGGAGAGGAUGGGCACCAUCAAAUUUACCCAAUUUCAAGACAGAAGGGAAGUAAAAGUGGGAGAAUACAAUGCGGUCGCCGACACGUUGGAGAUAAUCAACGACACCAUCAAGUUUCAAGGUUCGGAGCCUCCCAAAGAUAAGACGAUCAUCCAGGAGCAGCUACGGAAGAUCUCCUUACCCCUCUACAGUAUCCUGUCAGCUCUCACGGUCCUGGGGAUGGUCAUGGCCAGCGCUUUUCUCUUCUUCAACAUCAAAAACAGAAAUCAGAAGCUAAUAAAGAUGUCUAGUCCCUACAUGAACAACCUCAUUAUCCUUGGGGGAAUGCUAUCCUAUGCAUCCAUCUUUCUUUUUGGCCUUGAUGGAUCCUUUGUCUCUGACAAGACAUUUGAGACACUUUGCACUGUCCGGACGUGGAUUCUCACAGUGGGUUACACCACUGCGUUUGGAGCCAUGUUUGCAAAGACCUGGCGGGUCCACGCGAUUUUCAAAAACGUGAAAAUGAAGAAAAAGAUCAUUAAGGACCAAAAACUGCUUGUGAUCGUUGGCGGGAUGCUAUUGAUUGAUCUUUGCAUAUUGAUUUGCUGGCAGGUUGUGGAUCCUUUGAGGAGGACAGUGGAAGCAUACAACAUGGAGCCGGACCCCGCCGGGAGAGAUAUUUCCAUCCGUCCCAUUCUGGAGCACUGUGAGAACACGCACAUGACCAUCUGGCUGGGCAUCGUCUACGCCUACAAAGGGCUUCUCAUGCUGUUCGGUUGUUUCUUAGCCUGGGAGACGAGAAACGUGAGCAUCCCCGCCCUGAACGACAGCAAGUACAUCGGGAUGAGCGUGUACAACGUGGGGAUCAUGUGCAUCAUCGGGGCGGCCGUAUCCUUCCUCACCCGGGAUCAGCCCAACGUUCAGUUCUGCAUCGUAGCCCUGGUCAUUAUAUUCUGCAGCACCAUUACCCUCUGCCUCGUCUUCAUGCCGAAGCUCAUCACGCUGAGGACGAACCCGGACGCAGCCACGCAGAACCGGCGCUUCCAGUUCACUCAGAACCAGAAGAAAGAAGACUCCAAGACAUCGACCUCCGUCACCAGCGUCAACCAAGCCAGCACGUCGCGCCUCGAAGGGCUCCAGUCGGAGAACCAUCGCCUCAGGAUGAAGAUCACGGAGCUGGACAAGGAUUUAGAAGAAGUGACCAUGCAGCUGCAGGACACUCCGGAGAAGACCGCCUACGGAAAGCAAAACCACUAUCAGGAUCUCAACGAUAUCCUCGGCAUCCGAAGCGACGGCGAACAGGCCAUCCUGAAAAACCACCUCAGCCGAAACCCUCCGCCCGAAUGGACCCCGGGCGAACCCCCGCGGACGAGCGGAGGCCCCGUAGAAGACAUCAACUCUCCCGAACACAUCCAGCGACGGCUGUCCCUCCAGCUCCCCAUCCUCCACCACGCCUACCUGCCGUCCAUAGGCGGGGUGGAUGCCAGCUGCGUCAGCCCGUGCGUCAGCCCCAGUGCCAGCCCCCGGCACGGACCCGUGCCGCCGCCGUCUUUCCGCGUGAUGGUUUCGGGCCUGUAGGCCCGGGAAUCCCGAGCUUCCGGCGCCGGCCCCGCCGACCCAGAACCCUGCUCCAAGAACGAACGUCUGCUCUUUCCGACGGA